GUGGUCGAAGAUGCACCAUACAUCACCACAGUUGAAACCUUGAAUCGUUACGAUUGUGAUUUUUGCGUUCACGGAGAUGAUAUAACACUCACGGCCGACGGAAAAGACACAUACGAAGAGGUCAAGAAGGCCAGACGUUAUCGUGAAUGCAAGCGGACGGCCGGUGUUUCGACCACGGACCUUGUGGGACGAAUGCUUCUUUUGACAAAGUGUCACCAUGUUUCCGAAGAGCACAUGGAUCAGCAUCGAGAACGGGCUCGCACCUUGAGCACGAUCGUUUAUGUGUGUGGCGCCUUCGACCUUUUCCACAUUGGACAUCUUUCUUUUUUGGAGGAAGCGGCCAAACUCGGCGAUUAUCUCAUUGUUGGAAUACUAACUGACCAGGUCAUAAACGAAUACAAAGGAAGUAACCACCCAAUCAUGUCACUUCACGAGAGAGUUCUCAGUGUACUCGCUUACAAGCCAGUGAAUGAGGUUGUGAUUGGAGCACCAUACAAUGUGACCGACGACAUUAUCGACCGAUUCAAUAUCUCGAUUGUCUGUCAAGGUAGCCGUGUACCCCAUCACAAUCACAUGGGACCGGAUCCGUUUGAAGCUCCAAAAAGGCGAGGUAUGUACCGUGAAGUGGAUUCGAAGAGCGAUAUGACAACGGAAAAGAUCAUUCAGCGAAUCAUCGAGCACAGGUUGGAGUUCGAAUGUAGAAAUAUGAAAAAAGAAAAGAAAGAAAUGGCAGCAUUUGCUGCGCUUCAACAAAUGGCAGCAAAUGGUACGGUGGACACGAGGAACACGGUUAACAUCAUGAACAUAUGA